CUAGGGCUACGCCAGCUCGCGCGACACGUGACAGCCAGACGGUGAAGCUGAUCCAUAGAGCGGUUCCAAAAUCGUGAUGUGUCAUCCCCGCCCACCGACGAAGAGCUUGGCAAGAGCCAACUCGCGUCGAUAUCAGAGCAUCAAGGUCAGUAGUGUCCUUGCCUCUGAAUGUACAGCGCUCCUGCGACAUCGAGACUUUUUCAUUCGUGAUUGCAAAGGCCUCGGCACAAAGGACGGCUCUGCGCCUCGAGAGAGAUUCGCACGCCUGUCACGCAUGGCGAGCCGGCGUCGCAUGCAAGAUGCUUGCUUGCGUUGACGGGACGAGGCGUGGGAGCCUCGUCUGCCACUUCGAAUCGCCGGUGCGGUGGCCUCGUUUCUGACUUUGCGGUGCACAAGAGCUUCGACACGAGGUCUGCCACCCUCAACAAGCUCAUUUCCUCAUGUCAUUGCUCCU